AGCCGACAGUCGCGCUGUCUGUCUCCCCAUCAGCAUCACCACCACCCGGCGUCUGCACACAAUUUUGGAGUAGACACCUCGUGCUGUGACACUGCCCUACGAGCAUGGGUGUGUGACUGUGUGUGUGCGUGUGUGUUUGAGUCGUGGGGAAAAUAAAACCCAGCAGCCUGCGGCAUUAAAGGGCAGCAUCUUCGGUCCCCCUUUACGCGAACAGGGGAACACAGUAGAGGAACGAGCGGUGGGCACAGAAGGUGGCAUGGAGGAGAGGUGUGUGUGUGUCUGUGCACGGAGGCAGGGCUGUGGGAUGUGGUGUCUGACGGACGCGGAGAGAUGCUGUGAGCUUUGGUAUUAGCAGGCAGCUGCGCACCGAGCCGCUCUUCUCCCGCCCUCCCUCCUCAGCUGUUCUACUCGCACCGACCAUUCGCCGAAAUCGGGGAAUCGGCUCCACACGGCUCGCUGUGCUCACUACCGCUGGCGUCCUGCACGGGGAUUUGACACAACCAGACAGAGAUGUGCCAUUUCGGGAAGAAGGCCACUGGAUUAAAAAAUAUUGAGCUUCUACACGGACUGUGGUUUUAGUGACUGUGAGCUGGAAUCCCAUUGUCAAUCACAGGUUGAUCGUGCUUGGCUCAUCUACGCUGUAUUCUCAGCCAAAUUCUCCUUCCACUUGAUGAUACAAAUAGUCCACAGUAUUGCCAUCCAUGGUUUCUGCCCUAAUAAAUACUAUAUCAUCCUACAUUAAAAAGAUUUGCAAAGGAAUGUUUACAAAGAAAUUGGCAAACCCAAUAAAGAAGAAAGAGAGAAGUGAAAAUAAAGAGCCCAAAUUGACCACUGAUUUGCAAGCGCACAAUCUAACUCUCUCUACCACACUGAAGACUACCGUUAAAAAGAUUUCCAAAUGCUCUUCGGCACGUAACAUAUCGCUCGAAGAAGACGACGGAAAAAACGAUUGCUCAUCACUGUCACCCACUUUCAGCUAUCGAGUAGCUAUAGCAAAUGGACUCCCGAAAAACUCUCUCUUUUUGAACAAUAAUGAAAGUAUAUUUUCUGAGGUUCUUUCAAUUGAUAUUAAUUACUCUGACUCCUUGAGUGAGACAAAACUUGUAAGGAGACUGGAUGAGCAAAAAUCACACACUAUGCCAGUAAGACGAAACAGGAAGAGCCUCAUCAGUUUGGCUCCAUCUGAUGGCAGCUCUGAGGGCGAGCGAGUGGAACGCUCAAGUCUACACACACUUAGGCUUGGUGCUCUACGCAAGUUAAGAAAAUGGAAAAAGAGUCAGGAAUGUGUCUCCUCCGACUCCGAGGUGAGCAAUUGGAGGAAAACCUUGGGCAUCCGGAGCAAGUCCUUGGACCGUGCUGGACGGCAGCAAAAGAGCUCAACCCUGGAGCCUGGCUCCUCCUCCACAGGUUGCAUUAGUCAGACCCAGGAUGUCAUGGAAAUGAUCUUUAAGGAGCUUCAGGGGAUCAGCCAGAUAGAGACAGAGCUGUCCGAGCUACGCGGCCAUGUAAAUGCCCUAAAAAGCUCCAUUGAUGAGAUAUCCAGCAGUGUGGAAGUAGUUCAAAGUGAGAUUGAGCAGCUUCGCACAGGAUUUGUCCAAUCUAGAAGGGAAACACGUGAUAUUCAUGACUACAUAAAACAAAUUAGCCACCAGGCCAAUAAUUCAACCCUGCGGUUCAUUAAUGUUCCCGAAGAAAGGGGAGAGAAAACAGAGAGUGUAAUAUACAAAAUACUGAAAGACAAAAUGGGUUUCGUUGAUGCCCUUAAAACAAUAAAAAUUGAGCUUGCUCAUAGGUUAGGGCAACAGAGAGAAUGUUCUAAUGCAAAACCCCGCCCAAUUAUUGUUAUUUUUGCAACAACCCAAGAAAGAGAUGUGAUCUUAAAAAAGUGCUAUAAACUGAAAGGAACAGGUAUUAUAGUCUCUACAGAUAGCUUAACUCAAGAUGGAAAGGAGAGAAAAGACAAAGCAAUGUCUUCCUCACAAACCUAUGAAAGCAUGGAUAUAAAAGUCUCAGGGAAGGACAAAGUAGUGGAGAGCGAUGACUGGGAUUCAAUGGACAGUGAUAAAGAAUUAGACGAAUUAAGCAGAAAUAAAUAUGCAAUGGUGGUUUCAAAGCCUGUUCACAAGAGCAAAUCAGAGAAGAGGCGUUCCCAUGACCAUAGCCGGUCAGGAGAGGAAGCCGGCUACUCAGGCACUGUUCACUAUGCUGAUGACGCCUACUAUGACCCAGACAAGCAUGCAAAGGCGUACUACUCUGAUUUGACCCCAGGUUGGCUUUCCCAGAGUGACUACUCCACCCCUAAACUCAGCCGCUCUGAGUCUGACUGCUCAAAGCUUUGCCAGUCGUACUCCGAGGACUUUUCAGAAAGUCAGUAUUUUACACGGGCAAAUGGCGGCUCACUGCUGUCCUCUUCCGAUCAGGAACUGUGGCAGAGGAAACAAGAAGACAUGUCCACCUCCUGGUAUGCUAGCGAGACGCAGCCGCUCGGCCAUGAUAAUCAAACAUAUGAACACAAUGAGAUUGAGACUACAGAAACUAUUGACAGUGGGGUGAGCAAUGGACUUAUCUGCAUGUCAGGAGACAGAAGCCACUACAGUGGCUCCCAGCUCUCUCUUCAAGGUGACCUAUCACCCUGGAAAGACUGGCAUCACCUCGAGCAGGGUGCUGACUCUGGUUUGGAAGCUUCUACAGAGGUCAGCAGUCCCUUUGACCCAUCAACCAUCCCCGGUUUUCCAGAAAAUAUCACUAAAUGUCAGGAGGUUGAUUUACAAUUUGAAGGAGAAGAGGAAUUCAUGAUGCUUGACAGAGACUCUCUACCACCUAUAACCACACACAUUAUUCCUCCCGUCACAGAACGGGAGACUGUCAUCAAGACAUCUGCCCGGCAGUCUAAAGAAGAAUAUAAGAUUAGUGCAAAAGAAAACACAAAAGUAUCAUCUAAAGAUACCCCUAAAGCUGCUGCUAAGUCUACACAUAAACAGACUAAAUUGGCUCCUAAAGAAGAAACCACCAAAAUAUUGCCUAAGGAGAUCUCAAAGGUUUAUGCUACUAAAGUUUCAUCUAAAGGGACCUCUAAAGCAGCUCCUAAAGAUGUAUCUAAAGAGGUACAGAAAUCAGCAGUUAAAGAGCCCUCUCAAGCCCUUCCUAAAGAACGUACAAAAGUAACACCGAAAGAUACAACAAAGCCCACUGUUAAAGAAGUUUCUAAAGUGACAUCAAAGAUAACUUCUAAUGAGCCGACCAAAGUCACUCCUAAAACUACCCCGAAAGUUAGCCCGAUAGUGACUCCAAAAGAAAGUCCAAGAGAGUCACCGAAAGAGAGCCCGAAAAUAACCCCAUUUGUGAGCCCUAUUUCAACCCCUAAAGAGUCCCCUAAAGAAUCCCCUAAGGAGUCUCCUAAAGUGUUUGCAAAAGAUCUACCACAAGUUGCACCUAAAGAAGUUCUGAAAGUUGUUGCUAAAGAGGUUACCAAAGAAGCUGCACAACUACCCCCAAAAGAAGCCCCAAAAGAGAUAACUAAAAUAGCAUCUAAGGAGACUGGUAAAGUACCCACUAAAGAGGUUUCUAAGAUUCCACCUCAAGAAGUUUCUAAGAUUCUACCUCAAGAAGUUUCUAAGAUUCUACCUCAAGAAGUUUCUAAAAUUCCAACUCAAGAAGUUUCUAAGAUUCCACCUCAAGAAGCCCCAAAGGUAGCACCUCAAGAGAGUCCCAAGGUGCUACCCAAUGACAUCCCAAAAGCAGUCCCAUCAGAAGCCCCUAAAGUUGCACCCAAAGUAGCAUCUAAAGAUGCCCCUAAAGAAACCCCCAAAGUAGUUCCGAAGGAUAAAUUCCCUGAACUGGAUGUCAAUCAUAGCUUUCACCAGACUCAGAAUAAAUCUUCAACUAUGUACCGCAGUCAGAGUGAGAUUCGAACAGAGAAAGUUGAGGAGGUCCCCAAGUCUUGGAGUAGUAGGCUCAGCAUAGAUCUCACUGAGAAGUCCUUUGGUUUUGGCUUUGGCUCUACACUGCAGAGAGCUAAGUCAGCUCUGGAGGUUGUUUUGAAGUCUGGCCCUCCCACUCCUAACCCUGCUCCCCCAGAGGCGCCCACCAGCUCAUCAUUUAUGGGCCGUUUUCGCACCCUGUCCACCUCUGGUGUUAGUAACCCUUCUACUGCAACAGACUCAGAUGCCUACAAAGAGCCUGUCUUUAACAAGGCAGAGGAUAAGAAAGCAGGUUCAGACCCAGAAGCUGUGGAACAACCAGUGGACAAUGAGACCCACUAUGUUGAAGUGAUGGAGCAGGUACUAGCCAACUUGGAGAACAGAACUAAUGCUGAUGAGACAGAUGAGACAGAUGAAGCUGCGCAGGAGUGUGAGACUUCUCAGGACUAUGAUGUGUCUGAUGACGUUGAUGCCUCUCAAGAUGAUGAUGCCUUUGAGGACUUAGAGGCCUCUCCAGAUAUUGAAGCCACAGAUAACUAUGAGACGAGUAAAGAGGCAUGUGUUCUGGAGUAUGAUUGCAAUUUGGAUGAAGAGUACAAUGAAGACUAUGAAACCCACCUCACAGAGGACACAGCUGAAUAUGACGCAAUGGUGGAAUAUGUAGACGUAGAAGAUCCUGAUGACAUUGAUGUGACAGAGGAGAUGGAAGAGGGCGAUGAGGAGUUAGAAGGGGUAGAGGAGAUAACAGAGGAGGUAGCUGAGGUGUCUGAAAAAGUGGAUCAAAAAGAGGAUGAAAAUAAAAAUAUUUCAGAGGAGAAGUCUACAGAGAAGCCAACAGAGGCCCCACCCAAGAAACGUAUCCGACCAACAUUCAAGGAGGCCGCACUGAGGGCUUACAGGAAACAGAUGGCUGAACUUGAGCAGCAGAUCCUGGCAGGAGACAGCGGAGAUUUGGAUACACAGCCUCGCAGUCUUUUGGACCCCAAACUGCUCGGCUUGCAGUCUGAAGGGUCUGGCAGUAUUCUUUAUGGUAUUGACAGCAUGCCAGAUUUACGCCGCAAGAGGAUAGUGCCUCUUGUCCGAGACCUGGCUUUGACCCUCACUGCUCGAAAGGCAGGCAUCUCGUUCGCUCUGGUGAACCGCUCCACCCUGAAUGAUGUAGACCUGAAACAACAUGUCUUCAAGAAGACUCUCCAGGCCUUGAUCUACCCAAUUUCAUCCACAACACCCCAUAACUUUGAGGUGUGGACGGCGACGGCACCGACCUACUGCCAUGAGUGCGAGGGGCUGCUGUGGGGCAUCGCCCGGCAGGGCAUGCGCUGCUCAGAGUGUGGCGUCAAAUGCCACGAUAAGUGCCAGGACCUGCUUAAUGCAGAUUGUUUACAAAGGGCGGUGGAGAAGAGCUCCAAGCACGGGGCGGAGGACAAGACCCAGAAUAUCAUCAUGGCUAUGAAGGAGCGCAUGAAGAUCCGGGAGAAAAACACUCCUGAAGUGUUCGAGGUGAUCCAGGAGAUGUUCCACGUCUCCAAAGAAGAACUCACCAGCCAUCUGAAGACUGCCAAACAGGCGGUUCUGGAUGGGACCUCCAAGUGGUCGGCCAAAAUCACCAUCACAGUAAUGAGUGCACAGGGCUUACAGGCCAAGGAUAAAACGGGCUCCAGCGACCCUUACGUCACCGUCCAGGUGGGCAAGACCAAACGCAGGACGAAGACCAUCUUCGGAAACCUCAACCCAGUCUGGGAUGAGAAGUUCUUCUUUGAAUGUCACAACGCCACUGACCGCAUCAAGGUGCGAGUGUGGGACGAAGACGAUGACAUCAAAUCUCGGGUGAAGCAGCAUUUCAAGCGCGAGUCGGACGACUUCUUGGGCCAGACCAUCAUCGAGGUCCGCACCCUCAGCGGGGAGAUGGAUGUUUGGUACAAUCUAGAUAAAAGGACUGACAAGUCUGCGGUAUCUGGUGCCAUCAGACUCAAGAUCAGCGUGGAGAUGAAAGGAGAGGAGAACGUGGUUCCUCCUCACGGCCAGUACACCUGUUUACAUGAGAACCUGUUCCACUACCUGACGGAGGUGAAGAGUGGCGGCGUGGUGAAGAUACCGCAGGUGAAAGGGGACGAGGCGUGGAAGGUCUACUUUGACGACGUGUCCCAGGAGAUAGUGGAUGAGUUCGCCAUGAGAUACGGAGUGGAGUCCAUCUAUCAGGCUAUGACGCACUUCUCCUGUCUGUCCGCCAAGUACAUGUGUCCCGGUGUGCCAGCAGUGAUGAGCAACCUGCUCGCUAAUAUCAACGCUUACUUCGCCCACACCACCACCACCACCACAACCACUGCCUCCGCAUCGGACCGAUUUGCUGCCUCUAACUUUGGGAGGGAGAAAUUUGUCAAAUUAUUGGACCAGCUGCAUAACUCACUGAGGAUCGACCUCUCCAAAUAUCGGAGAUGCAAUUCACCUUAG